AUGGCCUCGCGGUGGGCUAUUGCAGUGAUCCUUUCACAGACGCCUUCUCCGCUGCUGCUGAACGUGCGACUUCCAGCAGAGCUCCGAGGCGUCAGUUGCAUCCAGGAUCUGCCAGGUGUGACCCGAUUGGGGGCGUCAACGUCCUUCCUGGAGCCGACGGCGCUGCAGCAGCAGGCAGAAGACCUCUUUCAGCUGCUGCUGAAACUUCUCCGCCAGGCUGUUACCUCGUAUAGCGAGGGCGGUCGUGCAAAGGCGCCGCAACUGAUCAGCGCUGUUGGUGCAGUCGCAAGGCAGCGACCCAGCAUGCUCCCGGCAUGCCUGGGCAUGUUCAAGUCACUACUUCAGCCAAAAGAGGUGCUCGGAGCACAGACUUUCGAUGAGAUUCAGAGGCUAGUGGCAGCAGAAACACAACUCUUUAUUGCCUCUGGACUGACCAAAGAAUGGUCUGCAGAGCUUCUCGAACUUUAUGAUUUGGCUGGUCAAUCAGGCUCCCUGGAGGAAGUGUCAACACAAGCCAAGUACAAGCAGAUCAGUGCAGUGACAGAGGAUGUCGAUGGAACAUCUCGUGGAAAUAAGCGGGUCUGGACAUCACAGUGUGCUGACGGAACGCUCUCCGAGGAUGCCAUCUUUGAUGCAGACGCCUUACUGUCUGGAGAGGCCGAGACCACUUGCAGGCGUUUGGAGGACUACUUUGGUUUACCAAGCCAGCGCGAGCCGGCUGGACAUGUUCCUGCGCCAGCAGUCCUUGCCACCAGAAUUAGCAGCCAGGCUGAGCUCGCGCGCAUUGCGCUUACAUCUUUGAGUUCGUUGUCCGUCCAGCGAAGUUUGCACCGAGAGCGUGCGCACGAGAACGCAGUCGUGUUCUCGGAUGCCGCUUCUGGGCAUGGCACCAAUGGCACCUCAGAGCCAGAGAUGUUUCAAGAGCAGCUGUCACUUCUGGUUGAGGGCAAGGCUGCAAAGCACAAUGAACCUGAAAAACCUGAUGAGCCUGUAGCGCGUGAUCCUCGGGCUGCACUUUCCAUGGAUCGAUCUGGCGGCGAGAAGAACGGCAUAGCUGCAAAUCUGCUGCCGCUGGACGUGAGCAGCACGCAGCUGCCAAAAGACCUCCGUGCCAAAGACGCAUUGCAGCUGAAGCUUUUCGAGGAGGUUCUGGCAAGCUGGAGCAGAAUGGAGACUUCAUUGCAAAAAUAUUCCUUCUUGCCCACGCAGCUAACCUCAUACACGCAGGUCAGCCGCCAGGUUGCUGUGCACCUUGCAGCUGGCCAAAGGACGGCCUUGCAGCCAGAGCUGCAGCGGUCCAUGUGCCAGGCCUACGUCCUACGAAGCUUUGACUUGCUUCAGGCUUCACUCCAAUCGGAGAGCAAGGCGGGUGCGUCAGCUGCUAUGGACCAGCUUGUGGAGCUUUUUUAUGCCAAGUUCUCUGCAGACGUAGCCCGGUUCCAGGAGUCAGCAGUCGGAACCAGCGCGCCGCUUCGUGAAAUCCUGGAGGCAGGUGGCUCUUCAAGGCGCCUUGCUGGGACGAGCUUCACCUACGCGGAGCUGUUCGACAUGUGCUUAGCCGAAUUUGAAAAGCGAGAUGUUCCCAGGCGUGAGCUGCGCACCUUCCUGGGCGAGCUCCCGGCCGUGCCUUUGUCUGCUUUCCGAGCUCUUGAAGCACAGUGCCAACUGGCAUCGGCUCGGAAAAUGGCCUUGCUCACAAUUCUGGCCUUAAUCGAAGGUAAGCCAGCAUGCCGCUGGCGCGGGCUCCAAUUGCUUUUCAAGUUGAUCUUCUCAGUUGGAGAGGUUUGGUACUGCGAUGGGACUGCGGGAGAGCAUCACCACUUCAAAAGCCGGGCGAUCUACACAUCAACUAAUGGGCAGUUGCCAGACCUAGGCUGGCAGCUCCCUCACUUGACCGAUGAGGAAGCCUUGGCGCUUAUGGCAGAGGGCUUCGAGGACGAUGCAUCGAAGAUAUUGCAACGAUCAUGUGCCGAUAUCUUCAAAGGUGCAAUUUGCGCACCACAAGAGAGAGUGUGGCUCUACCACGGACUUUGCAUAAAGAGGCCAAUCUUAAUGCAUGGCUUGUUUGAGACCUUCGUCCACUGCGAUGCAGCAAUGAAAGAGCACUUGAUCAAUUCGAUCGAGGAGGCGGUCAAGCAUAUUCCAGUCAGCGAACAGGAGCUUCUAGUGCUCGUCCAGAAGGCAACUCCACAGACGGAGGCUCUUGUUCUCAAGAUGCUCAACAUCAUGAUGACCACGAGAGGAAACGAAGCCCUGCUUCCAGGCUUUGGUGAAGCCGUGGUGCGGCUGUACAAGGAGACUCAGAACCCCCGCCUACUUGUUCCCGUUUUCGACAUGCUCGAUCGAGACACUUUGCUCGACUUCCUGCCGUCAGUUCUACAGUUGGAGGCAGAUCUCGUGGCUGAUGCUUUCCGGCUGUUAAUUGGCUCUCGCACGCCCCCAAUAAGCGUAACAGAGUUGCUGACUGAGCUCCACCAUGUUAACAGCCCGGGAGAAGAUAUUGUACCUCGAAAAUGCUCGAUGCAAGCUCUUAACAUUGUGUUUGACAUGCGGGACCAAUUUGACACCAAAGUCUAUGGGAUUGUCAUCCAGUCCCUUGUCGAAGAGCCUGGUCCACUUCCAACGCUCUUCAUGCGCACUGUCAUUCAAGUUGUGAAGGAGCUUCCUCAUCUUUCAGAUUUCGUUGUCAUGGAGAUUCUUCCUCGUCUUGUCCGACAAGAGGUCUGGGCGCAUGAGAAUAUGUGGCGAGGCUUCAUGAUCGUGCUGCAGCACACAUUUGCAAGCCAGCCAAGCGGAGCAGCCCGAGUCUUGGCCAUGCUUCCUCUUUCUCAGCUGGAGGACGUUCUGGUGCAGCAUCCGGAUUGGAAAGCACAGCUGCGGGAAUUCGUCGCAAGACAGCCUCCAAGCAUGGUUCCAUCGCAUGUGAGGCAGCUGCUGGAGUGA